UGAGCCUAUUAACUGGGUGGAACUGGGGGAGCUAGAUACUUGGUCCUAUUGGGAGAUGGUCAACCACAUCAUCAAUUUAAAGGAGGUGGAACUACUGGAGGGAGCCCCCCUCCCAGUAUGGGCUGCUGUUCCAGGACCUCCUCAGGUCAUACCAGCCACUUCCAGUUUCUUGGGGUCAUUCUCUGGGAACCUCGGGCUUAGACGCAGCGUGCAGGAUCGUACACUGAUGUCGGUGAGGGAGGCAAUGGCUGCUCACGAUCCUCCCGAGGUGUUUGCGUCCGCUCACAAGGGGUCCGAGGGGGCGGCAUCCCCUCACAGUUACCCGAAGGUGGCGGCGGCGUCCGCUCUCAGUUCCCCCGAGGCAACGGUGGCGCCCGCUCUGUGCCCCCGAGGUGGCGACGCCAUCCGCUCUCAGUUCCCCCGAGGUGGCGGCAGCGUCCGCUGUCAGUUCCCCGAGGUGGCGGCGGUGUCCGCUCUCAGUUCCCCCGAGGCAACUACGGCGUCCGCUCUCAGUGCCCCCAAGGUAGCGAAGGCGUCCGCUCUCAGUUCCCACGAGGUGGCGGCAGCGUCCGCUCUCAGUUCCCCUGAGUUCCCCCGAGGUGACGGCAGCAUCCGAUCACAGUUCCCCCGAGAUGGACGGCGGCGGCGGAGGGGUCCGCUCACAGUUCCCCAGAGGCGGCGGAGGGGUCCGCUACACAGUUCCCUCGAGACGGCGGAGGGGUCUGCUCUCAGCUCCCCCAAGGCGGCGGCGGUGUCCGCUCUCGGUUCCCCUGGGGCGAACCUUUCUAAUGCUUUCUCCAGGCCCUCUUCCACUACACGGUCCGGGCCCUUCAUCCCUCCCCCUGAUCCACCUCCGUUCCGCCUCCCUCCGUGA